AUGUCAAGACCUAAUAUAUCUUAUCCAACGCCUAUUCCUGGACCAUCUACCUACGAUCACCCACCAUCUCAAUCUCAACUUCAAGCUCAAGGUUACAAAGCAAAUAUGGGGUUAGAUCCAAGUCCGAUCAGCAGAGAUACAGGUGGAACUUCAAGUUCAGCUUCAGCUUCAGGCAUGGGAAUCCAACAGCAGCAGCAGCAGCAACCCCCGAGAAGAACAAGUGGAUCAUCAAAGUCAGCAGGUCAAUAUACAUCAGCACUCGAUUCAUCCAUAACUAGAUUAUUGGUAACUACUAAACAACUCUUACAAGGAUUAGAACAAUGGUCACAAUGUCUAAUAUCAGAAACCGAUGUCAGUGAUGUCUACGUUAGAUUGGGCAAUGGAUUUGAAGUUUGUAUACAAGCAUUUCAUAGAGCUGGCAUAUCUACAAUUGAACUCGAUGCUAUUCCUGGAGAUCUUAGAACAUGCUUAGAACAAUGUUUAUCGUAUGAUCAAAAUCAUGAAACGUUGGAAGUAUAUCUUCCUGAAAUCCGUCAAAUAAUCUAUAAUCUUCUUCACGGUUUGAAACAAAAACAAGCAGCUUACAAAAGAUUGAUACAAGAUCGACAAAGAGAUACACCUUCACAAGCUACAAUUUCUCAAGCUACUAUUUUACCUGCUCCAACAUCUCAUCCUCCUCCUCCUCCCCCACCACCGCAAAAGCAACAACAACAACAAGCACGUAAACCUUCGAGAGGUGGGGAAAACCCUUUACCGGUUGUACAGCAAAACGACCAAGAUUCAGAUUCUAAGUUAUCAGCUAAAUCAGGUAGCACAUCAAAUACAAGUACAACUAGUCCAGCAUCAAUAAAUUCUCAAUUACCAAAUACUAAAUUUCCUUCUUCAUCUGCUUUAGCUGAAAGGGGUACAAGAACUGGUAUACCACAUCGUCCAGCUCCUCCAGAUGCUUUCCGUCCACCUCGAAUGAGAUUACCUGAAAAUCCCCAAUCUCAUCAACCUAAUAACAUCAAUACUAGGAGAUCACCUUCCCCAUCCCCCUCACCAGUUCCACAAGCACAAGAACCCAUAAGACAUCAAUUAGUCGAUAACCCGGUCCCUUCCCCACCUCCUGCUCCAACUAUACAGAUACAUAAUUUAUCAUCCUCGACAUCAUCGAGCAAACCACCUCCCAGACCCGAUCGAUUUAGUAGAGAUAGCUAUGGAUCUCAAAGACCUGUAUCGAGAUUCUCGGCAGAUUCAGAUCUUACAAAUGGUUCUCCAAUCAGAUCGCCUCCAAAUAGAAGUCCUGCCAAGCCAUCUGAUCCACUCGCCGAAGAAGAUGAGGGUGAACAAGAUACAAUUCAGCCUACCCUUACACCUUCUUUACCAGUCCUCAACUUACCCUCAGCACUCGAACUUCCUGAUGAAUCUCAACCUUCAACUGCAACUCCACAGACACAGUCGAUAGAAGGAUUGCCUGAUGUUCCACCAGAAACAAGAGCUACUCUAGCUGCAUUACAAAAGUCUGACGCGUUGGAGAGAAGAGCUUCAAAAAGAUUUUCCAGUUACACAUUCAAUAAAAUGCUGCCUGGUUCUCCUGGAAAAAAAUCUUCUAUCAGUAGUCCUCAAAGACCUACAAGAAGAGCUGAUAGACCACCUCCCAUGCCUGCUCUGCCUGAAUCCCUGACCAAUGUGUCUAUAGGUGGAAGAACAAUGACCGACGCAGAUGACGGAAUAUCACCCACAACCAUUACCCAUCUACAGGCAAAUGGAGACUUGUCAUCCAGGUUAUCUAGACCUACCACACCGACAGGUGAUGUUUCAUCAGAUGAUCAAUCCGAUAGAUCUGUAAGAAUAGUUAAAACUCCAGAUCCAGAUGAUAUAGGUCAACAUGCUACUCCAAGGCCACGAUCAUCAGUCUCUGCGCCAUCACCAUCAAACCUUUCAGUUUUCCUUCAAAUCGGUCGACAAGUCAAGAAAGCAUCGCUAGAAUCACCGAUCAGUAUGUCCAAUCUAAGGUUGAUGUUUAUGGAAAGAUUCGAAUACGAUCCUGGAAUGGAAGAUUUCCCAGAUGUGUAUAUCAGAGAUAAUAGGACUGGUGUACAAUUCGAGCUUGAAGAUAUGGAGGACUUGAGAGAGGGUUGUAUACUGAGUCUGAAUAUCGAGCCCCUCGACCAGGUCAAACAGCACUUUGAUACCACAUUUGGAACCCUAAUGCAAGAGAUCAAAGACAUGAAAAAAGCCAUUGACAUCACUCGUCGACACUCUAUGACUCCAUCACCUUCUCUACUGACCGUAUCACCCUCAACUCAAAUGUCCCGACCAUCAACAAUGGUUCGAUAUCCAUCUUCGGACACCAUUGCACCUUCGCCUUCCAACACUGCUAUACCAUCUGCACCUAGAUCCAGUUCACCUUCACCCCGAUUUGGACCCAGCAAAUUGACACCAGAGAAAGAAGCUGAACUACAGAAACAACACGAUGAAUUACAAUCACUUCGAAGGGAUUUAGCUGUGAUGAGACAACUUCACGUUGAUUUCUUGACUGAAACAAAAGAAUCAUUUGGAAAAUUACGAAAUCAAAAUUCUUCGAUGCGAGAUAUCGUGAAAACCAAAAUGGGAGGUAAUCGAGCAUUGUUAGACAAUUCCAAAACGAAAUUAGAAGCCCAAUGUCAAGAUACGAUACAAUCAGUAGAAGAAAUUUCAGAUAUGAUUGAUGCAGUGAGGGAAGAUGCAUCGAAAAGAUAUGUCACACCAUCAAAAUCACAAAUGACAACGAUCAAGUCAGAUCUGGAAAAGGCAAGAAGUCUAAUCGAUCAAUUGGCGUCAGAUGUCCAAUUAGCCGAUCCAAUGUGGCGAGCAACUUGGCAAAUUGAAUUACAUCGUGUAAUGGAAGAACAAAAACUGUUAUCUUAUCAAAUCAAAUUAUGUACCGAUCUCAAAAAGGAUUUAGAAGAUGUUACAUUGAUUUUCAAUAAUGUUCAAGAUUUCGUCAAUCAACGUUCGACCGGUAAUGGUAUCAACAUCGCUCUCAAUAUAGGAAGGGUAUCAUCAGGUAAAUCAUUCAAUAAAUCUUCUCCGAAAGAAUUAGGAAACGAUACUGGUUCGAGUCCCAAUGAAAAUGGUGGCGGCGGUGGUGGGAUGAAUCAUCUACUAAUGGAGAUUAGGACUAAAGAGACAGAUCCUAAUUCAAGGUUGAAAGCUAUUGAAGCACAACAGAAAGCGCGUGAAAGAGAGAAACAAAAGAAGACUGAUGAAUUUGAAGAAGAACUGAAAAAAGGUGGUAAGAAAUUAAAGAAGACAGGUGGAACGGAAGAAGCUGAAAGAAUGAGACAAAGAAGACAAGAAUUGACUUUGAAAAGAAUGAUUAAUGGUAAUACCAAUGAAAAUUCUGGUGUCCUAAGUCCUCAAAACACAGGUAAUACUCAAUUCGCACAUCACCAAAGAGCGAUCAGUCCUCAGUUAACCGGUACUACCAUACCACAAAAUCAAGCUCAAGCUCAAAGAGCUUUAAGUCCACAAUUGACUGGAAAUGGACAAAGAGCUAUCACACCUCAGCUUACAGGAGAUUCUACUUCAACAGCCCAUUCCCUUUCCAAUCCAAGAAAAUUGAGUCCGCAGAAAACAGGUGGAAGUAUAAGUCAGAUUCUGAGUCCUAAUUUGACUGGUGGAAGUGGGAGAGCAAGUACGAGUAUAGAAGAGAAUGUCAAAGAGGAAUGA